AUGUCUCAGACUCAUCUCAACUCUUCCAUGCUUCAGCAGCUGAACCAUACUAUUCAGGAGUACGUUUCAGAGUGGUUGAAGACGCAACAAUUGGGAUUUAAUAAUAAAGCACUUUCCUCCAGUUCUACCGUUAACAAAUUGAGCUCGACUACAUUAAUCUUUACUUUGGCACUGGGGUUCUGUUUGUACAAAUGGUUCUUCGCCUCUAGCCAAUUGUCAGCCAAGAAGGCGACUAAGUUCAGUUUGCCAAUCCCAGACGCUGCUCAGAAGCAUUGGAAGGGGAAGAGGCUCUUCCCUACAUCGGUGCAAAACGAAGAAGAUCCACAUCGCAUACAAUGCUACUGUCCUGCCACUGGUCAAUUCUUAGGCUCAUUCCUUUCGAUGACCGAUCAGCAUAUUGACUCAUUGGUCUCCAAAGCAACCAAGGCUCAAUUGAAAUGGCGUAAUACUUCUUUGGAAGAGCGUACACGCGUGCUUCUUUCUUUGCAAGAGUACAUUUUGGAAAACCAGGAUUCAAUUGCAAGAAUUGCUUGCAGAGACUCUGGUAAGACUAUGCUUGACGCUUCAAUGGGGGAAAUCUUGGUUACAUUAGAGAAGUUGCAAUGGAUUAUUAAGCACGGUGCGGCUGCUUUAAAGACAUCGAAACGUCCUGGGCCAACCAAUUUCUUCAUGAAAUUUUAUAAAGGUGCAGAAGUUCGCUACGAGCCUUUGGGAGUUGUUGGUGCUUUGGUUUCUUGGAAUUACCCCUUCCAUAACCUCUUAGGCCCAAUUAUCGCCGCUAUAUUUACAGGAAAUGCCAUGGUUAUUAAAUGUUCUGAACAAGUUGUGUGGUCGUCUGAGUUUUUCAUUUCAAUGUGCAAGAAGUGUUUAGAAGCGUGCGGUCAUGACCCUGAUUUGAUUCAACUGUGUUAUUGUUUCCCACCUUCCGCCACCGACAAUACUGCAAACUACUACACGUCUCACCCAGGAAUCAAUCAUUUGACUUUCAUAGGCAGUAAGCCGGUGGCUCACCACGUCUUGGCAGCUGCUUCGAAGAGCUUGACUCCUGUUGUUGUUGAAUUAGGUGGCAAGGAUGCGUUUAUUGUUUUGGACUCUGUUAAAGACCUACAUGCACUAUCUUCAAUUAUUAUGCGUGGUACUUUCCAAUCAUCGGGUCAGAACUGUAUUGGUAUUGAACGUGUUAUUGUGUCACAAAAGAAUUACGAUGAGUUGGUAUCAAUUCUCAACGAACGUGUGGGUCAGCUGAGAUUAGGGUCUGAUAUUGAUAAUCUAGAAGACGUUGACAUGGGUGCUAUGAUCUCGGACAACAGAUUUGAUGAACUUGAAAAAAUGAUUCAAGGCGCAGUUGCACAAGGUGCUCGUUUACUGCAAGGUGGUAAGAGAUACAAUCAUCCUAACUAUCCUCAAGGUCACUACUUCCAGCCAACUCUCCUAGUUGAUGUCACAGGUGAGAUGGACAUUGCCCAAAACGAGGUUUUCGGUCCUGUAUUAACCGUUAUGAAGGCUGAAGAUACAAUGGAUUGUAUUCGUGUUGCGAACUCGGCCCCAUUCGGUCUUGGUGGCUCCAUUUUUGGUAACGAUUAUGAAGAAUGCAAUUACGUUGCAAAUCAUUUGAACACCGGUAACGUUGCAAUCAAUGAUUUCGCAACCUUUUACGUCUGUCAAUUGCCUUUCGGUGGUAUUAAUGGCUCUGGUUAUGGUAAAUUCGGUGGUGAGGAAGGUUUGACAGGUCUAUGUAAUGCCAAGAGUGUUUGUUACGACAAGCUGCCUUUCAUUUCUACCCAAAUUCCUAAGCCUCUGGAUUAUCCAAUCAAAAGUAACUCGAAGGCUUGGCAAUUUGUAAAGAGCUUCAACACUGGUGCUUAUACUCUUUCUACCUGGCAGAGAAUUAAGUCGCUGUUGUCGCUUGCCAAGAACGCCAACUAG